AUGUCAGUCAUGGAGUCUUUUCCACACACAGCUCUGUCUUCUAAGAAGACGUCUCAUCUCAUCACUCCGCCGGCAGACGACCACCACGAGGAGGACUCCAAGGCCCAGUUCGUGCACAGAUACAUCGACGAUGCGUCUGUGUACAUUGCUGGCGUGUGGGAAGUUGCCGAUGUUGCCGAUGUUGCCAAGUACUCCAAGUUCAUCACUGAAGUCAUCAAGAGGUCGAGAUGCUCACUGGAGUGUCUGAAGGUUUGUCUGUACUACAUGUCCAAGCUGACCAGCAGCCACGUUGGCUGUCCCAAGAGAGCGUUCUUGGCUUGUCUGUGUCUCAGUUUCAAGUAUAUCUACGAUAGUACCGUGAAGUUGAAGACGUGGAGUAAGAUUAGUGGGUUGUCUCCAGGGGAGUUGAAGUCACUGGAGAUGACUGUACUGGUUGCACUGGAUUACAAUUUGAACUUACACGGUGACUAUAACGUUGUAAAGACAGUGGCAGCAGGACCAAAGCGGAGAAACGAUGGUGAAGAGACAAACACGUCGACUAUGAAAAGGCUUAGAUUGCACUAG